CUAGAAGUUGCCGCAAAAUAAUUUUGUCGACUCGAGACCAUGACAACCACGCUCGAUAAUAGUAAAUCGUGCCUCCGGACCCCGCGUCGUUGAUAUUGCUAAGCCAGGUGAACAAUUGAUCCUUUGCGCACCACAGAGAGAGAUCAGGAACUGAGAAGGAAAACAUCACGCUGGGGUCGGAAAGGUCGGACAGCUCACGACACCUCGAAAUAAGACCUGAAUUGUCCAAGAAGCAGCCGGACAAUAAAGUAGGCUCUCACGGCGGGGGAUAGGAGAAGCCUAGAGAGGAUUACGUGAGGUCAUCACCAACUUGUAUUUGUACGCGACCAUUCUCUUUUAUUUCUUUCCGCUUCGUAUUCCACCUACUGUCCUAUCUGGAGAUGCUACAGACCACGAUGCCAGCCACUGGAGCACGAGGAGCUAUACAGCUCUCCAUGGCAGCCCGACCUGGAUUACGGACACAUUCUAUACCCCGCCUCUUCAGAACACCUCGCACGAUUAUCCAGAGAACGUUCAGGACCCGUUCGCCCAUAUCCCGGAAACCGUUCACCUCCUUCACCUUCUCUUCCCAUGCUCGACCCUCGCUCCUCCAAAGACUCCGCUCCUCUUUCCGAUCCUUCCACAGCUCUCGCGCACGCCUGAAUGGGAAGCCGACACCGAACCCGAAUGGUGCCGCGGAACCUGAACCACAGACGCUUGGAGCGCGGAUGAAGAAGCUGUCUAGGGAGUAUGGCUGGUCGGCAUUGGGUGUAUACUUGGCUCUGAGCGCUCUGGAUUUCCCAUUCUGCUAUUUGUUGGUUAGAUAUUUGGGAACUGAUAAGAUUGGAGAAUGGGAACACCAGAUCGUGUCAAACGUCAAGGAAUUUAUCCCUGAAUCCGUCAAAAACACCUGGCACAACUGGAGUGUCUCCCUGAAGAAAGCCAAGAGCCAGGUGACGGGUGCAGAAGAGACCGACGAGCACGCAGACCAUUCAAGCCAAGACGUGCACGAAGCCGGGAAGAAAAGCAAAGCUAGCCUGGCCACGCAACUAGCCCUCGCAUACGCCCUCCACAAAUCCUUCAUCUUCGUCCGCGUACCUCUCACCGCGGCGCUGACGCCCAAGGUGGUCAAGGUCCUGCGAGGCUGGGGCUGGGAUAUCGGGAAGAGGACGUCGAAGGAGGCGAAGGCUAUCAAGCGCGCCGCGAACUCGCCAAAGAGUGCCUAGGAUAAUAGGAUGGCUUCCUACGGAAAAAGGGGGAUAAAAAAAAAUUCUUGUAUAAUAAGGCUCUCUCUCUCUCGCUCGAGCAAACUGUAUAAAAAAAUGCCCCUGAGGUGGUGUCGAUAGACGGGUGCUAGAUACUAAUAGCCCGUGAAUCUCGGGCGCAAGCACAAAAGGAGGGCCGUAGAUAGGUAGACAUAACAUAGCGGGAGUUGGAUUAGGGGAAACGACCCGAUUCCCAUGGAGUUGCAGGGAUAUAAAAUAGAUUCUGCUCUGCUCUACAUACAAGUACCUUCCACCUCUCUCCCUCCUUAUUCUUUUCUUUUCACUGCCCUACUAGCAUCAGCGAUAAUGAUCUUGGGUACCUUACCUAUCUAUCUAUCUAUCUAUCUAUCACUCAAUCACGAAACAUAUCAUCUAACAGCACGCCCUCCUCCACUCUCUCAUCCC